AUGCGGACAGGGCGACUCCCGCGGGAUCUCGUCUCCAACGCUUCCCGUCUUUCCGCUCCUCCGUUGCCGCUGUCCCGUUCGCUCUCCCGUCAAAUCUCUUUCCUCCUGCAAGCAUCUGCACUGCCGUUCAGUCACCUUUUCGAUUUUGAGACAUGGAGCCAGUGGCCGGCAAGACACCAGACCAGGUGUCGCAGUCUCGCUCCCGUCGACGACGAGCACCCGAGGCCUGUUCGUUUUGCCGCAGAAGAAAGCGAAAAGCCUGUAUGCGCUAACUGCAAAACAUAUGCCCAGGACUGCAUCUACGAGCCCAUUAGCGAGACGGCCCGGGAAGCUGGUCGGGGCCGAACUACUCGCCGCAAGACGCAGCAAGAUCUCUCUUCAGCCGCUGCCGCUGAUGUAUCUCCCCAGACGCCCGGAGUGGCGCCAAAUAUCGGAGAUGUGUCUCAAUCGCCAGUAGCUGAAGACAUUGUUCCUUCGAGUACUCGUUCCAAUGGCGACCUGGACUCCGGCGAUGCCGCUGCCGAACCAUCUCCAGGUCGGGUCGCUCGCAUCUUGGUGUCCGCCGAUGGCGUGUCCAGCUACCAUGGGCAUACAAGUGCCUUCUUCGAAGAGAAUAACCAAGAGCGGCCACCAGGGGCUGAGCGUCGCCCUCGCAUGUCGGAUGACUGGGUCGAACGCGGCCUUGUUGCGGAGGCGGCGAAACAACGACAAAUGGAACAGCUGAACUUCAACCACAAUAAGCUCGACUUUGAUGGGGUGGAUCCGGACCUCGGGAUGCACCUUUUGUCCCUUCACUGGAAUCGCCAGCACCAUUCGUUUCUUAUCACCUACCGUCCGGCAUUCAUGCGCGACAUGGCUUGCAAUGGCCCCUACUUCUCCAAGCUCCUGCUGAAUGCGAUCUACUUUGGCGCCGCUAAAUUUAGCCCGCGGUUAGAAGUUCGCAAAGAUCCCAACGACGUUCGCACAGCAGGCUGGAAGUAUCGAGAGCGGGUUCGCGAGCUGCUCGGCGGUGCCCUGGACUGUAGUGAUAUCACGACAAUUCAAGCUUUGCUCGUCAUGACCAACUCGCUCUUUGCUCUCGGUGACGAGCGUAGCGCUGCGUGGCUGUACGCGGGGCUUGCGUUCCGCAUGUUGACUGAUUUGGGUAUGCAUGUUGACUUGACGAGCACCCAGCGUUUCUCGGACGAGGACUUGGAGAUUCGGCGGCGAACCUUCUGGGGAGCUUUUGUUGUCGACAAGAUCCAAAGUCUUUAUCAAGGCCGCCCUGUAAGCCUCAAGGAGACAGAUGCCCUAGUUCCUAUCAAGUUUCUGGACACCUAUGAAGAGCUGGAACACUGGCAGCCCUUUGCGUACUCGACGUGUGCGCCGGACUACCCAGGCACACCCGCAUAUAGCACGUCUACCUUUACACUUCUGUGCAAGCUCUCGCUCAUCAUGAGCGACAUUCUAAGUUGCAUAUACACCGAGCGCAGCAUUGACCAGAGUCCUACCGAGCUUGCGAGUAUGCUCGAGCGGCUACAGCUGAGACUGAAUCAAUGGCAGGCAUCCUUACCCAAUCACUUGCGAUUCGAUCCAGGUAAAGCGCGUGGUUUGGCCUUUCCACCUCCACAUGUGUCUAGUUUGCAGUGA